GACUCGCAUCUGAGGCUCAGCUCAGCUCAGCUCUCUGGCGAUCCAGCUGUUGCUGCUACUCCCGGCUCUGGGACUCGGGGAAAGGAGGGGGGCAUUUUGCUUCUGGCCACAUCUGGAUCCAGGAGGGGAGGAGAAGGACUCCGCUGUGCGCUCCAGUUUGUGAAAUCUUCAUCCAGGGCUCUGCUUACUCUUGAGGAGUGAACAUCCUCAGCUCAGAUCAUCUCCACACAGAAUAUCACAGGGGACACUGACUUCAGCGCACAGGGAGGGGCGAGCACCCGUAGGCCCACGAGGAAAGUCCAGAUGGCAAGCAACAACACCACCAGCAUAGCGCAAGCCAGGAAACUGGUAGAGCAGCUCAAAAUGGAGGCGAACAUCGACAGAAUAAAGGUGUCGAAAGCCGCCGCAGACUUGAUGGCUUACUGUGAAGCCCACGCCAAGGAAGACCCUCUACUGACUCCCGUCCCUGCUUCAGAAAACCCGUUUAGAGAGAAGAAGUUUUUCUGCGCCAUUCUGUAAACCUCACAGGAGCCUGACCCCAAUUUGGGCCACCCUGGACACUGAUGUAGAGAUUUUUUCAGCAACGUGGACGUGUUUCCAGAGUCCACCCAAUUUUAAAACAUAAAAUCAAAAUGGCCUGGAAGUUUACAGAGAAGUGCAUGAUCAAAAAA